AUGUCUCUAGUCAUACUGAUCCUACAACUGGCCCUAUUCAUCUUAGUGCUGCCAAUUAUUCUCCUGAACUUCAUAGGAAUAUGGGAUAGGAUUGUGAAGAAAAUAUUUCCUUUUUUUAUGGCCCAUUUCACAGAAACAUAUAACAAAUCUAUGGACGGUAUUAAAAAGGAUCUCUUCAGCAACCUUUCUGACUUUGAAAAUGAUUUGAAGGAGAUCAAUCUGCUAGAAAUUGGCUGCGGCACAGGAGCCAACUUCAAAUUCUACCCAAAUGGCUGCAAAAUAACCUGCCUCGACCUGAAUCCAAAUUUCCAAUCAUUUUUGAGCAAAAGCCAAGCAGAAAGUAACCAUCUGAAGUUUGAAGAUUUUGUGGUGGCUUCUGCAGACAACAUGAGCCCAGUGCCCGAUGCCUCUAUGGAUGUGGUGGUCUGCACCCUGUUAGUGUGUUCAAUACCAAACACACCAAAGAUCCUGGAUGAGGUGUGGAGAGUACUCAAGCCUGUAAGUUUUAGCUUCUUUGUUCCUAUUUAUUUAAUUAUCUGUUUUUAUACAUCAAAUUUACAAAGAUGA